CGGUCCCGGGGCGCGGACGCUGAAGCCGAUGCCCAGCUCCGUGCCCAAGUGGGCUUCUACGUCCGCCUGCGCGCCGCGCUCUUCGCCAACAGCGGCUCCACGAACGUGGACGCCGUGGACACCGUCGCGCUCGCCGUACUGGCCGACGACGCGUUGCUUCCCCGCGAGUUGCCCGCGACCGUGACCCUGCUGCCUCUGCCCGACGCGUUGCGGGUCGUAGCUGCUCCCGCGCACGACCUGUUCACCGUCCCUGCGGCUUCAGCACGCUCGUCCACCAAGCGUCCGACCACCCGCAGUGCGUCCAAGACCUACACGUUUUCCUUGCCUGACAAGUGUCCCGCCGCCAUCCGCCGCGACAUUAACAAGAUCGUCAAGCAGGCGGACGCGCAGGGAAAGACUCCGCCUCGCAUGUCGUACACGUGGGUUGGCCAGCGUGCGUGGUACGACCCGCAGGAGCACCCCGCGCUUCACGUGGCGCAUUGGCGCUUCUGGAUGCACUGGCGCGAUGCCUUCUUUGCCUGCGCGCUGUACGCGCCCUCUGACGAGUGCACGGCUCACCGCAAGAAGAAGUCGAACGCCGGCCUGGCGCGACUCGUGUUCGUCAGCCUGAACAUCAUCGAGUUCGGCUUCUACGGGUAUCUCGACCUCUUCGAGAACCGUUCCCACGACAACCUGAUGUGGCUCGGAGGCAAGGCCGCCCACCGGUCGACGGCAGCCAAGGCGAACGCGAAGUCCUCCUCGGACGCGACCGUGGCCACGGACCUCGCCACGCUGUACCGCCACGAGCGCGGUCGUUACGACGCCAUCAUCGCGCGCGCACUUGACCCGUUCCGCGUGGAUGAGGACGGUUACCAGUCCAUCUCCGAGCUGCUCGAGCAGACGAAGGCGCUGGACCCGACCAAGCCUCCCCACCUCCGACUCAGCGAGGAGGCCCUCGCGCGCGUCGUCAUCGACGUCACCGGCGGCGACCCGCCCAACCCGUCUUGGGUCGGCAACAAGAGCACCGGGACUUGGAAGCUCCUGCUGGGGAACGACCGUAUCCGAGCCCUCGCCAAGAAGCUCGCGCCCCUCGCGAAGAAGGGCAAGCAACCGUUCCCGCCCCAGAAGGCGUACGACGAAGCCAAGGAGCAGCGCGACGACUACUCCGACUUCGCGGACGACGAGAACAUGUUCACGGAAUUGCCCCCGACGUCGCACUCGGACGAGGAAGACGACGGCGAGCCCGAGGAGCUCAGCGAGAAGCUGCCCGAAGCCGAAGUCGACCAGGACCAAGAAGACGACGAAGAAGACGAGCAGGCCGACCAAGAAGACGAAGAGGAGCACAGCUCGGGCGCCAACGAGCCCACGGACGACGACAAGAAGAGCAGCGCGGGCGACGAGGCCGAUGACUCGGCGGCCAAGAAGAAGCGCGCCGCCUCCUCGGCGACACCCAAGUCC